GCUAAACCGCUGAACCGCUCUCGGCGUCCGCGUGCAUCUCUUUCCCCCAGAGCCGUCCAAGCUGCUCAGCUCGGCGUUCCGAUCCCACUCCAGGCCAGCAGACUUUACAUCAUGCCUGGAGCUAAUCUUGCCCAAAGUCCAGAGGAAGGGGACGUGUGCAUUACUGAAGCUCUUAUCACUAAGCGGAACUUGACCUUCCCUGAGGAUGAGGAUCUGUCAGAAAAGAUGUUUCACACCAUUGCUGAACUACAGACUGUCCGUCUGGACCGGGAGGGAAUUACCACGAUCGCGAAUCUAGAGGGCCUCCGGAAUCUUCACAGCCUCUAUCUACAAGCGAAUAAGAUCCAGCGGAUUGAGAACCUGGCCUGCGUCCCCUCCUUGCGCUUCCUGUCUCUGGCAGGAAACCAAAUCAGGCAGGUGGAAAACCUCCGUGACCUCCCACACCUCCAGUUUCUGGACCUUUCUGAGAACCUGAUAGAAAAACUGAAGCUGGAUGAAUUCCCCCAGAGCCUUCUCAUCCUUAACCUGACUGGGAACAGUUGCACCAACCAGGAAGGCUACAGGCAGCUGGUGUUAGGAGCCCUGCCGCUGCUCCUGGACCUGGACAGGCAGCCUGUGGUGGAGCGCUGGAACUCAGAUGAGGAGGACAGAGCCUCGGAUGACGAGUUCCCGGAGCUUAACGGCCCGUUCUGCUCAGAGCGAGGUGACGCUGCUUCCCAAGGCUUCCUCGAGGAGCUGGAGCAGGACAGGAUCAGGCACAAGGAUCGCAGACAGCAGGCGGCCCUGGCAGAGCACCUUCUGAGGAUGGAGACACAGCCCGUCCUCACUGAGCUCCCCACCCUGCCUGGGAGGUCCGUAGCUGGGGACAGCAGCCCUUCUGUCACUCCCAGGCAGGGGGAGGAGACACCCCACGAGUCCACGUCCUUGCCACAAGCUUCCUCUGCCACCAAGAAACUAUGCCCUCUGGUCUCCAGGGGCCCCCAAAGCACUACCCAGGGGAAGAAGGGGGUCAGGGCAGUGGCAGCUUCCAAGGCCUCCCUGUCUGCGGCCCCCAGCACAACAACAACUAUGACCAGAGGACCCAGGAAGUGAA